AUGCGCCAGCAAGCAAUGCUCGCCAUCAUGAAGCUGAGGUCCUGCUCCCUGACCACAUCCAAGGAGGUACAUGAGCGGUUGAGGGCAGUGGGAAGGAUCAGGUGGCUGAUGGAAUUCAUGGGGUCUCAGUGCAAAUUCCAGGAAGUGGAGGAGUUCAGCGUCCUGGGCCAGCUGGUGGGGUGUCUCACUCUGUGCCGUGCGGAGCAGGAGCAGGAGAUCUGCCAAUCGGCUGUGGAGGGACUUCGCCACCUCUACUCCUUCAUGCUGCAUCUAAAAUCUGAAAUUCUGAGGAAGCUCGGUGCAGAGUAUCGGCAGAUCCUCAAGAACAGUCAAGUUGAGACAGCCUUCUGGGUCACCAACACCAGAAAUAUCACAUUGAUUUUUGGGAAGUACUUGGAGCCGUCUGAAGGCAUGGACUUUCUCCUCACUGCUAUCGACGGCAUGAGAGACUCCAGCGUCCAUGACGCAGUGACGGCCAGGAACAUGCUGCAUACGAUCCUGGAGGUUCCUGGCCUCCGCUGGUGGAGGAUGUCAGAGGCUGUGAGGAGCAUUUAUAACCACCUGGACUCCAUCAGCGAGCCACUUGCCCGGCAGGAGCUGCGCAGGGCCCUUCUCCUGCUGGGCUACCGGUUCAGCGAGGAGGUGGUCGGAACCCUGCUGGGCUGCUCACGGUCAUGUGACAGUGUUGCUGCGGAGAUGUGGAAGAUGCUGACAUCCCAGCCCAACACCUCAAGAAAGAUCCUUGGGGAGCUGGUCAGCAGGCUGCAGGAGCCGGCUCGGCGACGGUAUCAGCUCUCUGAGAGACCGGCUGGCUUCCCCCCCUUGGCCCUGCAGGCCACAAGAGCCCUGUAUGUGAUCCUGCAGGAGCAGGCCUGCAGGCAGGAGGUGAAGGAGCUCUUCCCUCAGCUCUACGUCGCGCUGCUCUUCCACGUCACCCACACAGUGCAGCACACUGCUUCGCAGGAGAGGGAGCAUAACCAGGAGGACACGGCCGCACCCUCAGCCCCGCCAGGUACCGCCAGCCCGACACCCAGCCUGGGUUCUGCAGCGCCGCCCGCAGGCACGCGGCAGGGCCUGGCCUGGGCUCACUCAGUAACAAGAGGCUCGCCUGCACACAGGGUCGCGGUGAAGGCCAUGGAAGCUUUGCUUCUAUGCGCUGGCUACAAGGAGCAGGUCACCUUCAUGAUGAAGCAGGGCGGCUGGGACCUGCUCAUGAGCUCUGACACGCACCACAAAGGUGUCUGCCUGCUUGCCCGGGCCAUGGUUUCGCUCAAUUUCCAGGAGCGAAACUGGAUUUUCUACCAUCUGAUGGCCAUCCUCAGCGAUCGGGACGAUAGGCGGUACGUCCCGGCCGUGGCGCUCUUCAUUCAGCUCCUCCAGUGCCCUGACCUUGGCUACGGGCUGGAAGACGCCAUCGUGGAGGAGAUGAGCAGGCAGCUGAGAGACCACCAGACCGUGGUGCGCUGGUUGGGGCUCAAAGGCCUCCUCAAUCUGGCCCGUCUCCCAGAGAAGGUGGGGAAACUCCAGCGUCUGCUGCCAGAUGUCCUGGAGCGACUCCAGGAGGUAGACAGAGCCCUCAUCCGCAAGGCCAUCGCCGUGCUGAAACACCUCCUCGCCGGCAUGGACAGGCAGAGCGCCAGCCGUGCGGCUGUGCAAGUGGCUGAGCAACUCCUGCCAUUGUUUGAUGAUGUGACCAGCAAGCUCCGGGUGCUCUCCAUCACCCUUUUAAAGACCUGCUGGAGCUUGUAA